AUGGACCACUCCUUCACAUACCCAUACCACCAUCCUCUGGCUCAGAUGCCAACUGACCAGCGAGAGCACGAGCACCAACAACCUCGUGUCUCGGUACAAACGGGACUUUACCAGAUGGUUCCCAGUGACAACAACCCCCACCCUUACCACCCCGGCCCCUCAGUCGAGAACUGGUCGGCAUUCAGAUCCAACCUGGCACCCGAAGCUUUGAUCUCACUUCAUCAGACAGGAUUUAGUACCCCGUGGGGCGCCACGCCUCAGCAAUAUGAUUUUGGUACUUCUUCUCUCACUGGCGUUACGGUGUCUGACACUUCUUAUCUCGCGUCCUUCUAUUCUUCCCCCCACGCCAACAUGCACCCACUAAACAACUCCCACGCGCCGAGACGCAGUGAACAUGAUAAUUCCACGAAUUGGCAAACCGCACCUACCACUACCUCUCUUUUAAGUCAGCGACACAUUGACAAUUCCCUUUCAUGCCCCGACACUCCUGAACAAUCCAGCCGUUCAAUGCGCGCAACACCUGCUUCACCACCUAUCUCGAUCUCCUCAAGUCAAUCCCCAAGUCACUCUCGUGACAGUGGCAGCAUGAGUCCUGCUCUUACUGUGCCCGAGGUUGAUACCAGCUCGCCGCGUAUUAGCCUCGGAGACUCCAGUGAUCAAGAUCAGAAUGGUGGACCGCCAUACUCCCGUCUUAUCUGGGAAGCUCUCAUGUCCACCGAGGAGAAGAUGUUGCCUCUUCAAGGCAUUUACCAGUGGUUCGAGAAGAACACGAACAAGGGCGGCAACGAGGAAUCGAAGGGAUGGCAGAAUAGCAUUCGACACAACCUUUCAAUGAACGCAGGAUUCGAAGCCAUCAAGGUCGAGACCCCAGGCAAGAAGCCAGCAAAUUACUGGCGCCUAACCAAGGAAGCUAUUCAAAACGGUGGUGUUCAAUCCACAACCCGGUAUCGCAAAAUGAGCGCCAAGAAGGCUCUAAGCUCAGAUCCCGACCCUCGUCGUCAGCGACCAGGGUCUCGGGGUGGAAAGAAGAUUCCUGGUGUUAUGCGCCACGCUAUCGAAGACCAGAAGGAGUCCUCUUACCCUUACCCUCGAUUGAUGUUACAUCAACGAAAUGUCCGACAGAACAGAUCUCCUCCCCUCCAGGCCCGAUCUCAGCCUCAACAUCUCCCUCAACCUCAGCCUCCCACCGAUAUCCAGCACUUCCAAAACUACAACAACCCAUCCAUGCCUACGCCAUCUGUUGGACUGCCGCAAUACGCGGAAUUAAACAUGCCGAAUGGGCUAUCAAAUGGUGCAUCCAAUGACCUACCCAAUGGUCAAGUACCAAAUGGCCUACCGAAUGACCUGCCUGAGAUGACCUACCACUGGCGACGUUUCGACCUCAGCAGCGUUAUUGGCACCACAACCCCUCCACCCAACAACAUGGUGUUCUGUGAUACAGCGGAAGGAGGCCCGGCAGUGCUGCAUUCGUCGGGCCCUGGGUUGGUAUAA